AAGCUUUGUUGGGUGUUGGUUGACGCAAGAAAGGGUCGCCCCGCCUUUUCUCCUCUAUCAUUUCCCUUUCACUUUACACUUUGGUCUUUUAUCUGCUGUCCAAAUCCAAGCCGUAGACCCUAGACCGGCAGCAGCAGUAGCAGGUGCAAGUCUACCCCCCAAGAACCUUUUACAGGCCCCCACCAAUGGCGGUUUCCUGUUUCCUCCCGCGCUUUGCCUGACAUGGAGUGGUUAGCUCACGCCCCAGCCGAGAGAACACGCGCUAAAAAAGGCAGUAGAUGAGCGGCGGCGGCCACCAAGCGGAUCGACGAUGAGCGAAGAUUUUCCAACUAAACCAUGAGCGGCGACGAGACGUUGCUUUCCAUACAUGUCACCGGCCGACUGGCUGUGCUUCCUUGUUUAUCCCCGGCAAUAACUUCCUGCUGACAGCUGACACCGGGGGGGGGGGGGGGGUGCGGAGUGGGAUUGUUGAUGCCAAUUUAUUUGGCCAGGGAGGCGCCCUGAAUUGCCACACCUACCAGCCCGCCCAGUCUCCCCAAAUCAUACGGCGACGGGCGACGGGGUGGAUGUAGAUGCCUUCUUCUCCCUUCUUCUUCUUCUAGCUCCGGGUCGUAGCUUGACGAAGCGUAUCGGGCAGGGCAGCGGCCAUGUCGGCGUCGGUCCGGCACGGUUCGUCGAGGGCCCAGGCAUGGUUCUGCACCACCGGGCUGCCCAGCGAUGUCGUCUUCGAGGUGCACGACAUGACCUUCCACCUCCAUAAGUUCCCGCUCAUGGCCAAGAGUCGCAAGAUCCACCGCAUGCUCACCGAGCAAGAGGAGCAGCGUCCGGCGCGGGGGCGGCGUCGGCGACGAAGGACUAGUAGUGACGGAGGCGAUUCCGGCGAUGACGGUGCUGCGGAAACAGAGAUUGAGGAAGCAGAGCAGGAAGAGCGGGAUGAACAGCAGCAGGUUAGGAGGGAGGGCGAUGGGCAGGUGUACAGCAUUGUCUUCCCGGACUUCCCGGGCGGGCCGGGCACGUUCGAGGUGGCGGCCAAGUUCUGCUACGGCGUCCGCGUCGACCUCACCCCCUGGAACGUCGCGCCGCUGCGGUGCGCGGCCGAGUACCUGGAGAUGACGGAGGACCACGCCGAGGACAACCUCGCCGCGCGCGCAGAGGCCUACCUGGAGCAGACCGUCCUCCGGCACCCCGGCGACGCCACCAAGGCGCUCAAGUCCUCCGAGGAGCUGCUGCCGCUCGCCGAGGAGCUCGGCAUUGUGGACCGCUGCGUCGAGGCCAUCGCCGCGCGCUCAUCGGCCGCAUCGCGGUCCUGGUUCGACGACCUGGCCGUGCUCGGCCUGCGCAUGUACAAGCGGGUCAUGGCGGCCAUGGACGCGCGCGACGACGUCAGGGCGGAGGCCCGGGAGAGCUGCCUCGUGUCCUACGCCAGGGGCACCAUCCCGGGGCUGUCGAGGUCCAUGCGGCGGCGGCUCGCCUCUGCGCCGGUGUCGUCCGAGGUGGAGCAGAAGGAGCUCCUGGAGGCGGUGGUCGCGAGCCUCCCCGCGGACAAGUGCUCGGGGCGCGUGGUCACCGCCAAGUUCCUGUUCGCGCUGCUUCGGACGUCGCACAUCCUGCGCGCCUCGGACGCGGCGCGCGCGGCGCUGGAGCGCAAGGCCGCGACGCAGCUGGAGCAGGCCACGCUGGAGGACAUGCUCAUCCCGAGCUACUCCGGCGCCGCGGAGACGCUCUACGACGUGGACUGCGUCGAGCGGAUCGUCAGGUACUUCCUCGCCGAGGAGGAGCUCGGCGGCGAGGCGUCGUCUUCGGCCGCAAUUGAGGAGGAGACCGCCGAAGUGUCGCGGCCGUCCGCUGUGGCCAUGGUGCAGGUGGGCAAACUGGUGGACAGCUACCUCGCCGAGGUCGCGUCCGACGCGAACCUGAAGCCCGCCAAGUUCUGCGAGCUCGCGCUGUCGUUGCCCGACCAUGCCCGCAUCUACGACGACGGCGUCUACCGCGCCGUCGACAUCUACCUCAAGGCGCACCCGCGGCUGACCGCGGAGGAGCGGGACAGGGUGGUGGGCGCGGUGGACUGCCGGAAGCUGACGGUGGAGGCGUGCACGCACGCGGCGCAGAACGAGCGCCUCCCGCUGCGCGCGGUGCUGCAGGUGCUCUUCUUCGAGCAGCUGCAGCUCCGCCGCGCCAUCACGGGCACGCUGCUCGCGCCCGCCGCCGCGGGGCCCCCGCGAGCAGCGCGGCAGCAGCGCGUGGGCCCCGGCGAGCCGGCGUGGCGGGGCGCGACGGCUCUGGCGCAGGAGAGCCAGGUGCUGCGGCUGGACAUGGACAGCGUGGCGAGCCGCGUGCAGGAGCUGGAGCGCGAGUGCUCCAGCAUGCGGAGGGCCAUCAAGAAGAUCGACGGCCGCGGCGGCAGCCGGUCGCCCGGUGGUCGCAGCCCGGACGGCGGCGGCGGCGGCGGGUCGGGGCCCACGGCGGGCGGGUGGAGGGCGCGGCACGGGUGCAAGUUCAGCACGCAGGUGUGCGACUCGCAGGCGCGCAACGUGGUGGCGUCCAGGGCGUCCAGGAUGGGGAUGAGCCCGUAGCCCAUACGUUCAGAUUCAGUUGCUGGGCUCCUCCGUUUCCUUCGGUGCUCGAUUCAAGCAUGAAUUUUUCCAAGCCAUCCGAUCGGAAAUCAGCAGCAAUCGAGACGCGAAUGCUGAGAAGUUUCAGAUCGUUAACCGUUGGAGAGAUCCAAGAUCUCAGGCCCCGCACGUUUUCAUCUCUGAUCCAUGGACCUGAAAGGCACCCGCGUCGACCUGAGACUGACACUCAAAGGGGUACGGAUCCGUGUGCGCUGUCUGUACCAGUAGGGUUUGUAUAAUGUAGCAAAGCAGGUUUCGUUCAGCUCGUUUCUUCUGUACUCGAUUGCGUGCAUGUCCAAUUGUUAGUUACUGCUC